AUGUCCUUUGGACUUAUCAAUGCACCAGCCGUCUUCAUGGAGCUAAUGAACAGGGUGUUUAAGGAAUUCUUAGACACUUUUGUUAUAGUGUUUAUUGAUGACAUUUUGGUGUACUCUAAGUCAGAAGCAGAGCACGAAGGUCAUUUGAGAAAAGUUCUGACCGUACUGAGAACACAGCGACUAUACGCCAAGUUUUCCAAGUGUGAGUUUUGGCUGUCUGAGGUAGCGUUUUUGGGUCAUGUGGUGUCAAGCAGAGGAAUCACAGUGGACCCAGCUAAGAUAGAGGCAGUGAUGAAGUGGCCAAGACCGACCACAGUCACUGAAGUACGGAGUUUUCUAGGACUAGUUGGUUAUUACAGAAGGUUUGUCCAGGAUUUCUCCAAAAUAUCUUCGGUGCUAACUCAGUUAACUAAGAAGGGCAAACCCUUUGUGUGGACAUCAGCUUGCGAACCGAGCUUUCAGGAACUCAAGGAGAGGUUGGUGACAGCACCAGUCCUCACAGUUCCAGAUGGUUCAAGGAAUCUAGUGGUGUACAGCGACACAUCUGGAAAAGGUCUAGGAUGCGUGCUCAUGCAAAAGGGUAAAGUGAUAGCUUGCGCUUCUAGACAACUGAAGGAUUAUGAACGAAAUUAUCCCACGCAUGAACUCGAGUUAGCAGUAGUGGUGUUUGCACUGAAAAUGUGGCGACAUUAUCUGUAUGGAGAGAAAAUCCAAGUAUUCACUGAUCACAAGAGCAAGGUCAAUAUCGUGGCGAAUGCAUUGAGCAGGAAGGCAGUUCACACAUCCGCGAUGAUCACUAAGCAAGAAAGAAUACAGGAUGAGAUGAAAAGGGCUGGAAUCGAUGUUACAAAGACAGAAAGACCAGUGGGGUACUUAAUCUCUUCAGACGGGGGCCUGCUGUGGAAAAACCGCCUGUGUGUUCCCCGUGACAAGAAAAUUCUGAAGGAUAUUAUGACGGAAGCUCACGAUACAUCUUACACGUUCCACCUUGGAAGUGAAGGCCCCGAGAUAGCGCCCAGCAGGAUUGCUACAACCCUUAAAGGUCCCUCAGUGGAAAUGGGAAGUAGUUUGCAUGGAUUUUAUCUCGGGCUUGCCCAAAACGAAGCAGAGCUUCAACGCAAAAACACUUAUCGUGUGGAUCAGUGGGCUCAAUUGCAUAUUAGAGAGAUAGUACACUUGCAUGGCGUAUCGGUGUCUAUAGUAUCUGAUCGGGACACCAGGUUCACCUCUCAGUUUUGGAAAAGCCUCCAAAAAGCAUUGGGGACUCGGCUAAGGUUUAGUAGAGCAUUUCGCUGGGUGCGAGCCUGUGUCGUGGAUUUCGCUGGGUGCUGGGACGAACAUCUGCCACUGAUAGAGUUUGCUUACAAUAAUAGUUAUCAAGUGACCAUCCAGAUGACCCUUUUUGAGGCAGCGUAUGGACGUAGGUGUCGAACACUGAGCCAACAGAAGAGCUACACAAAUUUGCGUAGAAGGGACCUCGAGUUCAAGGUGGGUGACCAUGUGUUCUUGAAGGUAGCCCCUAUGAGAGGGGUGAUGAGGUUGAGAGAAAGUUUGAGAGAGAAAAGUGAAUCGCCGGAGUCUUUAUCGGAGAAUCACCGACGAAAUUCAUUCUCUACUAAGACCUACACUCUGGAGUUCUUCUUGGAGAGAAGAAAGACUCGUGUUGUUGAGAUUUCCUCCUCUUUAAUCAAGAUACGAAAGAAAACUCACAAGGGAAGAUCCGCCAUUGAUUUUGUGAGGAAAUCGGACGAAGCGUCGAGAUCUGAGAAUCUUUCCAAGAACGAAGGAGAGAGAAGUCGACAGCGUGCCACGUGUCAACCGGCUAGAGGACCACGUGCACCAACCACCUUUGGACACGCGUCGAACGCCGCCUGGGAAAACGCGGCUUCAACCUUCCUGCGACACGCGUACUCGGCAACGCAACCGACCCGCGUCUCUCGGCUAACCCAUUACCCGUGCAGCAAAACAAACCAAACCGACGACUCGCGAUCCACUCAAACCACUAUUUCCGAAUCAAACCGACGACCUGCGAUGGUAGAAAAUCUUGGGCCCGGCGCGUGGCUGGUGCGUGGAAGCGCGUGUAAGCCCAUUUUCGACCCAUUCGACUUUUGA